AUGCUCAACUUUUCGAGGCUGGGCGCGCUCCCGGCGCGACGGCGCCGCACCACAGCCUUACACGAAACGCUGCUUGCGUCCGCUGCGCGUUGUCAUCGUCAGUGGCACAGCACCUUGGCGGCUUCCAACUGUGGCGGGAUAGCUGCGGCGCCAGCAGCGCGUCGCGCUGAUCCCUGUCUGGCAACCUCUUCUAGCUCGGCGCAGGCGCUCUCUAGCCACAGCUGCCCUACAGCAGCUGUUCUUGUCGACACCAGCGACAGCGCGCUCGUGACGCUGCCCUACUGCCUUGCGGUUGUGCAGGAGAAGGUACGCGCCCAUUUGCGGUCGCUGCUCGUCCAGCGCCUCCUUGCCCCCCUGCUCACCGAGUCCCUGGCAGACUUGUUUGGAGAGCCGGACAGCGAGGGCAGCAGUGACACGCAUCCAUACCGAAGCGGUGACGCUGCAGCCAUGACCUCCGCCGUUGUUCACAGUGUCACCCAAGCACCGAGCGCUCUGCGCUACCUCGCCUUCUCGCACCAGCAUCCACAGCUCCGGCAUCCUAGCUGGACACCGCUGUGGGCAGCGAGUCCGUCGUCGAACACACCACUCUCUGCGGCACCAUGCACCCCGCAUGCCGAUCCGUACGCUGAGAUACGCACGGAUGCCAAGCGGCCAGACGAGGCAGCGGUCGACGCCUUCGACGUCCACGUCACCCUCGUAGAGCAAGAGGCGGCAGAGGCACUUGUGCGACCUUGCCUCGGGGAGGUGGCACCGCUGCUGGGCUGCCGCGCGUGUGGCUCUUUCCGCGCCGUCACCACCGCCGCUCACAAUGUGAUAUCGGCGGCCUUCUCACCUUCCACUAAGGUGGGCGCCCCGUCAGCCCAACCCGCUGCGCUAUCGCCAUCGCUGCCGCCUUCUUUGCCCGUCGUCACCUACUGGGAAUGCUGCCGCGUAGACUCCUAUAUUCCAUCCUAUGUGCAGGUGCAGGCCGCCGUGCGCCAUCUGCUCCUUCGACGGCGACCGACGGCAGACUACACUGCAACUGCGUGGUCAGCAGUGGCGUCAGCGUUCAUGUCGGCGCCUCGGUUACCGCCAGCACGCCCCUUGGCGCUGGUGGCGGUGGUCGUACCAGACCACCUGACAGCCCUGUACUCAGAGUUUGCCGACAUGCUUGAGCGGGAGGGCGGGCACAUGAUGCAGCAGCAGCAGCGGCGCGGCGCCACGUGUGGCGGGCCAGUGCAUCUUCUUCUUUUCAACAGCAAAGGGCUGGCGCGAGAAUAUGCCGCCGUGUAG